AUGUAUGCAACCGCAAAGGCAAACAUCGUGCGGGUCUCGUGCAAACUCCAAAAAGUGCCAACCCCAUCGCUGCCGCUGCACCUCCCCUCCUCGCCGCCUGCAUUCUUUCUGUUCCAGUCCCGCUCCUUUCGUACCUUCGCCAAACUCCAAGCUACAAACCCAUCACCUCAGCUUUGCCAAUCGACCGCGGCCAUCUUCCCCAAAUCGUUGUUCCCUGGUUCCACUCCCCGACCCAUCGAAUCCAGUAGGCCGAGGGCCCCUCGCUUUGUCCUCGUCCCCUCCCGCCGGUUCCAGGGUCCUCACCCCGCCAUCACCAUCCUCUCUCGACCGACCGGCAUGCUGUGCUACGUCCAGAUCUUGAGCACCCCCACGGCUGACACGCCUGGGGGGUGCCUCAUGCUGCAUUUCGACAAUCGCCGGUACCUUUUUGGUCGCAUAGCAGAAGGCUCGCAGCGCACCCUGGUCCAGCGCAAGGUGUCGCUCGCAAAGAUUCAAGAUAUCUUCCUUACGGGAUGCAUCAACUGGGAGGCUACCGGUGGCCUGCUCGGCAUGAUCCUUACACUCGCCGACCUCAAGGCCGCGUCCGCCGCCGACAUUGACCUGACCAACGAGAAGCUCCGCAGCAAGGGAAAGAAGGAGAAGGAAAAGGACAAAUCGAUUCCUCCUCAUUUGAAUAUACAUGGCGGGAAGAACCUGGUACACCUGCUCGCCUCUGCUCGCCGUUUCAUUCUUCGGAAGGCCCUCCCUGUCCACACCAGGGAGCUGCAGGUCGACCCCCGCGCCGAGCUGGAAGGGAAGGACGACCCCGACUACGAGGAUGAGAAUAUCCGCGUUUGGUCCAUCCCGUUGUCGAAGGAGAAGCCGACGGCCCGCCCCUCCAGGCAGAGCUCGCCCAAGAAGCAGAAGUUGAGCUCGUCCUCCAACUCGCACGAAAAUCUAGCUGCGGAGGAGGCGGAUCAAAAUAUCAGAGAAGCCGUCGUCAACGACAUGUUCUGUUCCAAGUGGAAACUCGAUACCCUGCGCGAGAUGAGACUUGCGGACGUGCAGUUGCCGGCCAAGAUUUUCGUCAGGAACGCCCAGGGUCAUAUAGAAGCCUACGCCGGCCCCCCGGCAUCCGAGGCUCCUAACACCAAGGUUCUCGUCCGGAUGCCGUGGCCGGCCUCUCAGAUUCCCGAACUCCCGCCCACAAAACCGUCUAAGCAGUCCAUGUGUUAUAUCGUGAAGUGUCAUCCGCGGCGAGGCAAGUUCGACGUCAAUGCGGCUACCAGUCUCGGUGUCCAGAAGACCGAUUUCAAGAAGCUCACCAAGGGCGAAUCCGUGCCCGGGAAAGACGGGUCCGUUGUCACUCCAAAUAUGGUCAUGGGGGACCAGAUUGAAGGUCGCGGUUUUGCCGUUAUCGAUCUCACAUCCCAGGAUCUGAUCGAUGAUCUGCUCAACCGCCAUGAAUGGUCGAAUCCAGAGAUCAUGCAGGGAAUCGAUACCGUUUACUGGAUCCUUUCUGAUGGUAUCACCCUCGAAAGCCCAGGGGUGUCUCAAUUCAUCAAGACGCUGUCAUCAGCCAAACACAUUGUGCUCGGCAGCGCCGUGUGCCCCAACGUCCCGGCCCUCGAGUCCCCUACCUCCCAACUCAUCAAGAUGAACAGUAUCGAUAGAGACAGGUUCCCGCUCCCCGUGUUCGACUCCCAACCGACGUCCGAACUCGGCCAAGAACUAGAAUCUGUCGCCGAGCUUGCCCGCGCAGGUCUCAAAUAUCAGCUUGCUCCGAAACCCUCGUUCCUCACUGACCUUGUCGUCCCACCGAUGGACACUAAAAGGCCCCUCUGGGAGCUGGCAACGUACACCCCGCAGGUCAUGAAGCUAGCCAGGGUUGCCCAAAAAGCAGUUUCCGAAACGGACUUCCUUGCCGAGGUCGAGAGGUUGCAGCAGGACCUGCCGAGCCCGCAGACCGAAAUCGUGCCGCUGGGCACCGGCUCGGCCAUGCCAUCCAAAUACCGCAACGUGUCGGCCACGUUGAUCCGCGUCCCCGGCUGGGGCAACUACAUCCUCGACUGUGGCGAGAACACGCUCGGUCAGCUCCGCCGCGCCUUCGGCUACCAAGCCGCCGAUGACAUCCUCCGGGACCUCCGCGCUAUCUACAUCAGCCACGCCCACGCCGACCACCACCUCGGCACCGUCAAUGUCCUGUCCCGUUGGCGAGAGGUCGCGCCCGAGGGCAACAAGCUGGCGCUUAUCGCCACGCAAAAGUACCAGGACUUCAUCCGCGAGUUCCACCAAGUCCAAGACCUCAGCCCGGAGCGCAUCGUCCCCAUCACCCUCCGCUCCCCGGGCAACCCGAUCCCAGGCCGCCACGCCCAGGCGACCUUCCCCGCCGACUUCGACCCCCAAACCCUACAGCUCCCCCAGAUCGAAUCCUGCUUCGUCGACCACUGCUACGAAGCCACCGCCGUGGUGCUCACCUUCCCCGACACGGGCCUCAAGCUGGCCUACUCGGGCGACUGCCGGCCCUCGCGGCAAUUCGCCGAGCUCGGCCGCGGCGCCCACCUGCUCCUGCACGAGUGCACCUUCGAGGACGAGCUCGGCGGCGACGCCCUCGCCAAGAAGCACUCCACCCUGUCCGAGGCCCUCGACGUCGGCCGCCAGAUGGAGGCCCGCCGCAUCCUCCUCACCCACUUCUCCCAGCGCUACCCCAAGCUGCCCGUCGUGGACGAGAAGGCGCUGGAGACGGAUGGGCGGCACGAUAUGGACGUGCUGUUUGCCUUUGAUAUGAUGCGGGUCAAGCUGGGUGAGUUUAAGCAGGCGGGGUUGUUUUUGCCGGCACUGAGGGACUUGUUGAAGGAGGAGGAGCGCGCGGAUGCUGAGGCGGGGGGUGUAUGA